AUGGUAUCUCCCAAAGAGCCUAAGGCAGACAAAGCGUUGACGUUUUCGUCCCUACACCAUAACUACACGAAGCUGGCUAAACGAGACGGAUUCAGAGAUGUGCUACGAGUCCAUAGUAUUAGGGGCAAUGUCGCAAACAAGAUUGACCCCAAGGCAUCAGAGGCUACACGAGGUCAGGCGCUUGACCACCAAAACCAUGAUACUUAUCUUAAGUACCAGGCAGCGCUGAAGUCUCUGGAUGUACAAGCUCUGUUCUACGAUCUGGUCCCGGACUACGAGUGUCGCGACUUGGCCUCUUAG